AAGUGCAUAUAAGCCGUUCCCGUACUGCGUCAUACUAAACUGUGUCGAUUUUUCAGCACGCCUCCGUGGCGUUAUGUUGAAAGCAUCUCAGGCGAUCGUGAUAGACGAAAAUUUCGGGCCGAAAGCUAGAGAAGAAACACCUAGUAUGCCUGCUUUAGAAGCAACCAAUAUAGGGUCUACAGAGCGCCACUGCAUACGUCUGGGUGCCGUGCCUCUGCAGUGCUCCGAUGUGCCCCAUGCCGCCAACGUGUCAUUCGUGACAGGAGGCAGCGGUGUGGGGACUUCGAAAGAGCCCCCUGUCAAUGUCAAGUUUACCAAUGUCGAUUUCUGCACUGCUAACCUGACAUCUCUAACACAGAGUGCCUCGAACCUGUGUUUUCUUAUCCAUGUUGCGGAGAACGUCGUCGUGAAGUGGGAGACGAUCUUCGUGGACGGACGACUCUAUGUCGAGAUCCCUAACAGCAUUCUGCCGGAUGGAUCCAAAGAGAGCCUUGUUACUCUUCUGGAGUACGCUGAAGAGGUCCUAGACUGCAACCAUGUGAUUCUGGUUUUCAAGAAGAACCGGAAUGACAGGGCAAGUCUUAUUCGGACCUUCAUGUUUCUUGGGUUCCAAGUGGUCUGUCCGGGCAAUCCUAUAGUUCCCAUGGUGGAGGAUUUGAUGUUUCUGGCGUACACCAUCGAGCCAGAUUCUGAUGACGAUGACUGAUGUUCUUGUAACUUUACACCCCGUUUUGUAUCAUCUUUGAACGGGGUGUAAUUAUAUUCAAUUUUUGAUGUGAAAAUGUUACGAUCAUUACAUUGAAUUCUGACUAAAAGAAAACUUACUUAUAAGUAUAGAUCAUUAAUAAAAAACUUUGUUUCUUAAAUGGUUGUCCUCAUAUGAUUUUUGGAUUUAAUUAAGUUUUAAUGAGAAUUAGAAGCCAGGGCUUGGAUUACGACAAAGAAAUGUUUCAUGGACAUGAAAACACAUGUUUGUUGUAUCUUUUUGUGUGUACUUUAAUACCGAGUUGCUUCACUAAACGUUAUAUUUUGGGGAGGUACGGAAAAUUGAAAUUUUACAAAGAUCAUAAUAAUAAACACUAACAGAAAGUUUAAAUAUAUUUUGGGUAGGGAGGGUAUAUUCUGGGAUUAAGAGAUUCUUUGGUUCGGGUAGUUUUUUGAGGCUAAACUCAGUUUCGAUGUCAGUGUGGUAUAUAAUAUAGUUUGCAUUGGUAAAUUUAACAUAUAUGAUAACUCUUGACAGACCCUUCACAAUUGUAUAUAUGACCAAUCACAGUCAAGUAACGCAUUAAUUCAGGUUUGUACAUGUCUCUGUUAUAGUUGCACUAAUAAAAAUACCGAAUUUAUCGGUCGAUUACACACUAGGACAAGUAAAACGCGGGGAACAUUUUAUUCCCUCAACAUAAGGCCACUCUCAUAACAUUAUGCAAUAAGAAUGAUUGGUAAAAUAAUUUUUCACAAUCUCUUUUAAAAAAGUCAAGUUUGCGUAAUAAUACUCAUCUGUUAGUAUAAAAUUACUUUAAAUUAUUAUGAAAUAUUGCGAUCUCUUCAAAUUAGGGGCCAUUUUCAUUUUUUAAUAUUAAUUAUUUUCCAUAUUGUAUUUAAUUGUAUUUAAUGCUGGUCAUAAUAAGAAAAAUUUAUGUGAUAAUGUGUAUAUUUGUGGACAAUGUACCCAGAUGAUUUACUAACAUCUUAACAUGUCAUGCUCACAUGUAACUUGGAGACUUGUACAAAAUUUGAGAACUGAAUCUUGUAGACUGGUAAGACUUUUUUUAAAUAAUGAAAAAGAUUCCAUAAAAUCCAAUUUAAAUAAUAUAUCUUUGGACCGAAGUUGAACGUGAAAUUUGAGAUCUAUUUAAAAUUGAUAAAGCUCUAAUUCAGUUUGUAUACAUUUGAAAAACUGUAAGUGUACUUAAACCACCGUAUCAAGGCUAACUUGAAUGUCCCAGAUUUACAAGAUUUGAUCAUGUUGUUAUCUAAAGUUUGUUGAUCAUAAUGAGAUAAGUGCUUCACAUUACACAGUAAGAAGGUUAAAACAUGUCUGAUCAAGGUGUUUUAAUCAUUUUGUCUGCACAUUUCAGAAUAGAUAAUAACUUUAAAUAAAUUUACAAAAAUCAUUAUUUACAUCACCCGUUGAACUUCAAACCGGAAUUUUGUGCCAAACAGCUCAAAUGCACAUAUGUAAUCUGCUCUUGAAUUUUUUUCUUUUCUUAAAUCAUUACAACAAUGCUUGUAUCAAUAUGUGUCUUGAGAGAUUUUUGUGCUUACUUUUGUAAAUCAGUUCAUUAAUAUGGAUUAUAUCAAGCAUAUAAAUUCACAUAUAUAUUGAAAAUAAAUUGUGAAGCACUUGUUACAUAUUAAAUACUAGAAUCAACAUUCUUAUAAACACAACCACUGUGAUAAAAAACUUCAAAGAAAAUAAGUUAAAAAAUAGAAAAAAAUAAAAAGUAAAAAAAAAAUUGUUUUUAAAGAAGGCAUAGUAUGUGUUUAUUUUGUUUUUAUUUGUUUUAACUUUCCUUCCCAUCCUUUCCUUUAUAUUGUAGAAAAAAUCACUUAUGUCAUGUUUUUUCUCAUCAAUAACCGUUUUAAUACACUUCAUGCGCAUUGACAUCUGCAUAUGUAAAAUUAAUAAACAUUGCCUAUCGUUUGUAUAGCACUUAAAUCUGUAUAGCACUUUAAUUCGUCUUUAAAAAUGCUAUUAAAAUGUUCAGACUUAUAAUUAACUUGUAGGAAGGAAGCGCAAUAGAUUUUUAAUGUAUGGAUGGAAUAACAAAAUUGGGCAAUACUUACAUUUGUUUCUUUAUUUUGGUGAAUAAAACUAUGCCAUAUUCA